AGGCAGAGAGGGCGAAGUUUCACUCGGUUUCAGUAUGUGCACUGCAGCCUGAGCGCUGCUGCCGGAAUCCAACACAACAAUGGCGACUCCCAGUCCUGACAGCAACUCCAGCAGCUCCAGCAGCUCCAACAGCAGCAGCACCGCAGGAUCCACGUCGCACCAGUUUCACCAGCAGACACAGAGCAGCAGCAUGCAAGAAACCAACACCUGCUGGAGAUGUCAAAAUGAAACAGGGUUUCAGAUAAGCCUGUCUGGAGUAUCCCAAAGUAAACGUAGAGCUCUGAAGCUGAAUUUCGCCAACCCUCCAGUGAAACCGGCCUCCAGGCUCCCGCUCAAUCCAACGCCCCCCUCUUUUCAGAACCCUCACAUAGAGCGUCUGCGAACACACAGUAUCGAGUCGUCGGGGAAGCUUAAGAUCUCUCCAGAGCAGCAUUGUGACUUCACCGCAGAGGACCUGAGAGACCUCGGGGAGAUUGGUCGCGGGGCAUAUGGCUCCGUCAACAAGAUGGUCCACAAGCCCACGGGCCAGAUCAUGGCAGUCAAGAGGAUUCGCUCCACCGUGGACGAGAAGGAGCAGAAGCAGCUGCUGAUGGAUCUCGACGUGGUGAUGAGGAGUAGCGACUGUCCCUACAUCGUUCAGUUCUACGGCGCUCUCUUCAGAGAGGGGGACUGUUGGAUUUGUAUGGAGCUUAUGUCUACCUCAUUAGACAAAUUCUACAAAUAUGUAUAUUGUGCAUUAGAUGACGUCAUUCCAGAGGAAAUAUUAGGCAAAAUAACAUUAGCAACCGUUAAAGCACUGAACCACUUAAAAGAAAACUUGAAAAUAAUUCACAGAGACAUCAAACCUUCCAACAUUCUAAUGGACCGAAGGGGAAAUAUCAAGCUGUGUGAUUUCGGCAUCAGCGGUCAGCUGGUGGACUCCAUAGCCAAGACCAGAGACGCAGGCUGCAGGCCUUACAUGGCGCCUGAAAGGAUAGACCCCAGUGCUUCCAGACAAGGCUACGAUGUCCGGUCAGAUGUAUGGAGCUUGGGAAUCACCCUGUACGAGCUGGCCACAGGAAGGUUUCCUUACCCCAAGUGGAACAGUGUUUUUGAUCAGCUGACACAAGUGGUGAAAGGAGAGCCUCCUCACCUCAGCAACUCAGAGGAGAGGCAGUUCUCCCCCAAGUUCAUCAACUUUGUUAACCUAUGCCUUACAAAGGAUGAAUCAAAAAGGCCAAAGUACAAGGAGCUUCUGAAACACUCCUUCAUUCUGAUGUAUGAGGAGCGUUUCGUGGACGUCGCCAGUUACGUGUGCCGCAUCCUGGAUCAGAUCCCCGCCUCUCCCAUCUCUCCUAUGUAUGUGGACUGAGGGAGUUUGGCAGGGAAGGGGGAGGGGGGGGGGGUCACCCAACAUGUGGUGGGUGGGACACUAAGCUUUGUGAUGCGACGCUUGACAUCUUAGCCCUCAGAGUUAACGUAGGAUCACCUGUUUAAUCACAUGUUCCAAAGAACAAAGGAACUAAGUCCAAAUUGCCCAGUGCAAUGAGAUGAAUAUUGUUAAGCAAACUCUUCCACCUCCCAUCACCUCAUUUUAAAGUCAGUGAAACCUAAAAUAUUAUCAUCCAUCUUCAGCCAGAAAAACUUGAAGACAUAACAUUGUCUCAGUAAAAUGCAAUGCAUCCUUUUAUGUGAGGAAAAAUGAACAGAGUAUACGUAUAUAUAUACUUGAACUCGUUGUACACAAAUACAGAAUUUACCAAAUAAAAUGUUGAACAGUGUACGCUCAUGACGUAUGAACAAAAAUAGACACUUAUUGGAUUGUACAUUGUGGACUGUGUGUAUGCAUUUGUGUGUUCACGUCUGAAUUGUUGACAUGUAAGGAUGUAUGCCGACAGACCUACUGUCUAAACACACACACACACACACACACACACACACACACACACACUCUCUCUCUAAUCAUCACGCAGUUUGUUGCGGGCACCUUCACUCAUGGUAAAUGAAUGAGUAUGGAAAAAGUGUUUGUAUCUGGAAAGCUCAUGGAUUCGGUAGCGUGGCUUUACUUCUUUUUUUUUUUUGUGGUUUGUUUUCAAUAUGCAAUCUGUGAGAGUUUGUCUUGACACGUGAUAUGGGACAAUAUACAUUUCUCACUUCCAACGUUAGCCUCAGUUUGCACUUCUCUUGUUACUUCAUUACAUGAGCCACAAAGCUAAUUCAAAAAAGCUAAUACUAAAGAUUUUAAGGGUUGGGGGGCGGGAGGGAAUUGAGUCCCACAUUGUAACCCUGUUUCCUUAUCCAAAAAAGGGUUAGCUUUUUUUAAAGAUUUAUAUCAUAUCCACCCAAUCUGAAUCUGAAGGAAAGAAAGUUGUGAAUAACUCAAACUUAAAGAUCUGAAAUGAUCUUUGUUGGCUGGGAAGACAGAAACGCACAGUUUUGAGUGGCAGUCUAAUAAAUGUUCACCAUCGAGCUACAAUCUGACUAUGAAAUGAUUAGCAUAAAAUAUGAACUGUGAACUAACAUGUUACCUGCUUAAUUUUACAACUUAUUUUAAAAAGUUGUAAACAUGGAGGUUCAACUGGGAGAUUGUGUCAUUUUAGCUGUUACUAAAUCACGUUAAUUAGCAACAACUUAUAUAAUUAGCUGUUGGUCAUCCGUUAAAGCUUCAGUGAUACCUGUUAACUAAAUGUUUUCUAUAUUGCUAAUAAAAAAAUUAAACAAUAGAUUCAGUAAGAGAAUAGGAGUGUGUCAUUAGCAUAGGAGUUCAGUGAAGACAGGUAUUUUGCUAACUGGGCCCAGCUACAGAAAUUAUCUGACCUUUCAAAUUUUUUUUACGGUACAAAAACAUUAAUAUAGAAAAACAUAACUGAUAAAACUUUUCAAAUGUUGGUUCAAAUCAUACAGAAUAGGCAAGGAGAUAUGUCGCGUCAAGCUAACGUUAGUUUGUUUAGACACGGAGUCAGAACUUGGUAUGCGAGUAAAAAUCGUUUAAAUUAUGCAGUGGAAAAAAUGGUUUUAAUUCAGAUGGACUGUCUCUGAAAAUUCUAGAAAAAUACUUUCAAACAUCCCGCAUCACAGAUUUAUAUUUUAGGAAAGAAGAUACUUCUGUAGCUCAAGUGUAAUGACAUGACAAUACAUGAGAGGUACAAACUGGGGCUAAAUCCAAUGUUACCUUGCCUGAUGUAAAGUGACUUCAGGACAUUAUUUCCACUGAUGUAAAUGUGUAUGUAUAUAGUACAUCUAAUCUGCUGUUCCUGGCAGGUUCUGCUUGACAGUUCAGGCUCAUUCCUAAACACGGAGAUGAUCAAAUCAAGUGGUGAAGAAAUUACAGUGCUAGGCGCAGAAUAAUAAUGUGGUUUCAGUUUGAGAAUGAGCCUUAAUGCUCCCCAGCAGCCUGUCAUAGCACUGUACGGUUAAACUGCUCAUCCACACUGAUCACAGAUCCACCAUGCUGCAAUACAAAGCCAAACAGCAAUAACUACAUCUUUAAAAAAAAAUCCUGGCACAGGUUUCCUGUUGAGAGAAAAAUGACACCCUAUAAAUGCUGCUAAAUGACAUACUGUUCACCUAUGUACCAACAACACAACUGUCAGGAGAGGAGGAAGAUCCACUCCUUACAUAGUUACUGCUGUUUGACUUCUUAGGUUACCAUAGAUACAGCAUGUUCCUCCGUGACUUGGCAUGUCUCUUUUCUGGCUUGCACUGAUGAUAGAAUGUCGUCCCCCCC